GCCACCCAGGACGCGCCCUCCGCAGAUGUGCAGGCGGCGCGCGCCAAGCUCAGGGCGCGGAUGGGAGAGAACACCCGGACAGGCGGCGCGGGCACGGCCAGGCGGACGAAGAUGACGAAGCACCAGUCCCAUGGCGCGGACGACAAGCAGCUUCAGGCACAGCUCAAGCGCCUGGGCGUGAACAGCAUCCCAGGCAUCGAGGAGGUGAACAUGUUCAAGGAGGACGGCUCCGUGAUCCACUUCUCGGCGCCGAAGGUGCAGGCCUCCGUUCAGGCGAACACAUACGUCGUCACCGGGCACGCGGAGAACAAGAGGCUCGAGGAGCUCCUGCCCGGCAUCAUCAACCAGCUCGGCCCCGACAAUCUGGUGAACUUGAAGCGCCUCGCGGAGGGGUACGCCGCGGCGGGGGCCGCUGGGGGCGCGAAGGCCGCCGGCGACGACGAGGACAUCCCGGACAUCGGCGAGAACUUCGAGGACGUCAGCAAGAAGUGA